GAGAGGAGUGAGGCAUGCAGCAGCUACUCACUCACUCACUCACUCAUUUAGUGAAUUGUUUCCCUAUAGCUUACUGCCGUAUUGUACCACUCCAGGGAGCUGUACCAUAGUUCUGUGAGGCACAAUAGGAAAAUACGUUUUCUUUUUUUUAAGACAUUCCUGGGUCCUUUAAUAAGGAAGAUUCAAACUAUCUUUCUGUCAUUCUUUGCUUCUUGUGUUUUAUUGUGAUCCUGUUAUAAUCAUACUUUGGCUGCAGUUGAGUACUGGAUUUGUUGGGAUUGGCUUGCUGUUUUGCUGUUGCUGUCAAAGUUGAGAGAAAUCUCCUUCCAACAAAAUUUGACUGUAGUAGAGCUGAAAAGGGGGAGGAACCUCAGAAGAUGUUCUGACUUGAAGACAGAGCAAUCUCCUGUUGUGGAGUGGUCUCUUCUCUGUUGGAAAGAGAGAGAAGUCUUGGAUAUUCAGGAAGAAAAAAGGAGUUUGGAUUGGGACAACAGAACAAGGUGUUGGAUUUGAAGGUUGUCUAUUCUUGGACAAACCAAGAAAAAACACAUUUAUCUUUCCAAAGAGGCACAAAGAAGUGUUGGGAAAUAAUCUAUAACAGUUAAACAACAUGGCUGGGAAGUACGAUUGCUUCAAGAGAAGGAACAGUGACAGCGCUGCCAUGGCGUCAGGACCUCCGGAGGGGAUGGCCAAUCAGGAGCCUGCUGAGGUUGCGGAGGAGUGCUCAGGAAAGAAGAAGUCCAAGUUCCAGACGUUUAAAAAAUUAUUUGCCAGGAAGAAGAGAAAGGAGCCGCCAGCAGCAGGAGGAGAUGCUGGGCUCAAAGCCAGCCAAUCUACUGACAAUGUCGGCAAAACCUCCGAAAAUAACACCCUCACUCGAUCAGAGAAGGAGAAGGGAUCUGGGUCAAAGAUCAGCCUGGGCGGCAAGGCCUUGUCCCAUGACUCUGUCUUUGUUUCGGACUCAUCGGAGACCAACGAUGCUCUGGGGGCAUCUCAGGAGAGCAUCCACGGGAAGGUGAAAUCACUACAGCUCCAGCUGAAGCAGGCCAUCAGACUGGGCUCUCCUCCGUCCAUCAUGUGUGUGAAGAGAGCGGACGAUGCUGGAACCAUGUCUGAGGACGACGGCCUGCCCUGUAGUCCGCCUGAAUACAACGCGCUUCACACAGUCAUGAAUAAGGCUCAGAGGAACAGCCGCAUGAGUCUGGAGGGAGUAGACAGUGGCGAUGACCAGCAGUCCUGGUCAGGCUCCAGCAGAGCAGUGAGUCCUCUGGUGGUCCCGGGGGACUUCAGCCAGCCGGCCAGCCCCUUCGGCUGUCUGGAUAACUCUGCUGCCAAACACAAGCUGGGCCUGAGACACAAAGCCUGCAACAGGAGGAAACACGUCUCUAGGCUGGAGUUGAAACCAGAGGGAGAGUCUGUGUUGGACGGGACACUGAACGCCUCCAUAACAGCAGAUUCAGAGGAGCAAGAUCAAGAGAAUCCAGCAGAAGGUGUAAGAGCUGAUGAGCUGAAACCAAAGGAGGAGAGGGAGGAAGAGGAAGAGGAGGAGGAGGAGCCAAAGCAUUCCAGACUGAGCGAUGAGGAGGAGGAGGACGAGUGUGAAGCAGAACAGGACGUUUCUCACGGCCCGGACACUUCCUCUCUUACGGAGCUGAGACUCCCAGAGGAGGAAUCCCCGGACACCAGGCCCCUGCCCUCCUCCGGGCCCGGCUCCAGAGCCUCCUCUCCGGACAGUCCCGGAGCCACGCCGGAGCCCCCUGCUGGUCCCCAAGAGUAUCUGCUCGACCCUCUGAGCGUCACCUUUGGAGCGGAGGAGGUUGACUUGAGCGGAGAAGAAGAUGGAAUCCAGGAGAACAGGGAAGAGGAGGAGGAGGAGGAGGAGGAGGAAAGCUCCUUCUUACAGGAAGUGCUGAGCUCCCUGAAAACUCCCCUUGCGUCUUGCUCACUGAUGACUGAAGGGGUCGACCUGGAAAUAAAGGAGGAGGUGGAGGAAAGAGACGUCGUGGAGAUGGAAGGAGAGGAGGUGGAGGAAGAGGUGGUGGAGCCUGUUGGUUAUCAGGCUGCUCCUGUUGACUCCAUCCUGUCACACCAGUCUUCACAGGAAGAGGAAGAGGUUUCCACUUUAAGCACUGCUUCUUGUCAAGAUGUUGAACAAGAGGAGAACAUGGAAGUUAGGGAAGAAGCAGCCAUCGAGGAAGAGGAGCUAGUGGUGGAAGAAGUCAGUCAAUACUGCCGAGAAGAGGAAGAGGACGCAGAAGAAGACGAACCCGAGGAACAAAAUGAUACAGGAAACACCGUAAACAAGGCAGAGGAAGAGGGAAGAGGAGAAGAAGCGAGUGAGGGAGAGGAGGAGGCCAUUGGGCUGAAGAAAGAACCAGAGGUGGAAGAGGUGAAGGUGGAGGUGGAGGUGAAGGAAGCAGAAGAAGAGGAGAGAGUAGAGGAAGCAGAGGAAGCAAUAGAGGAAGAGAGCGACGACGCAGAAGAGAUGACUGAGGCGUUUCCUGAUGCAGCUCAUGAUGACAUACAGCUGCAGGAGGAAGACGAGGGUGUAGUUGUUGUGGUUGGAGAUGAUGGUGAAACGAUGGAUGAUCAGGUGCAUGAAAGUCAAGUAGCUUCUGAUCAAAGCAUAGAAGAGGAGAGGGAAGAUGGAGAAGAGAGGAUGGAGGAAGUCAUAGAGAUGGAAGAUGGUGAAGCAGAUCAAAGUGAGCUAGAUCUGCAGGAAGAAGGUGGAGAAACACCACAUUCAGACAUGAAGCACGUUUCUGUCAAGCCUUCUUCUUUGUCUCUCCCUGAAUCACACCACGAGCCUCCGUCACCUGAGAGUGGAAGCAUCUCUCCCAGCAAGACCUCCACCAUCCACAUUAAUCUACUCUCUCCGAGCUCAGAGAAGGCACCAUCUUUCUUCCCAAAGUCCCCACCUGACACACAGCCCAAAGAAAGUGAGACGCCUCAUAAAGCUGAGGAGCAGAACGCAGACACAGAAGAAGAAACAUCUGAUCAUGUGGAAACAGUAGAAGAAGAGAAACAGUCAGCUCUCGAGGAGGAAGCUACACUUCCUGUGUCUGUGGAGGAAAAGGUCAACCAGGUGUCCAGCCCCACCCGCUUCACCAUCACCCCCGCCUGGCAGAGGCCGCUGUCUGUCGGGGACGCAGAGGAGAGUUCCACACCUCCUUCCUCCCAAACCACAUCUUCAUCGUCCUCUGACACAAGGCCCCGAGAGGUGGAGGUGGAGGUCAGUGAAGGGAAAGCAGAGCCAGCGAGUCCGGCGAAGGUUGAAGUGGUGUUGAGCCCGGGAAGAGCGAGGAACGCAGGGACCCCCACCACCACGUCGUCAUCAUCCAAUCAUCCGCAGACCCCAGCUGCUGCAAGCACAGAAGAGAGCUCCAUGGUGAUGGAGGGAAACCCCGACAAUCCGUUUGGAGUUCGGCUGAGGAAGACGUCGGCUCUGCCUCGCUUCAGCUCGGAGGAGGAAAACACAGAGCCUUCCGUGGAGCCUUCAGCUCAGCCAACCAGCUGUAGAGUUGACUCUCCGCAGCCAAUCAGUGUUAAGCCCUCCAUAAGUCAGCCUAUCAGCAACAAGCCCGCCCUCCCUAAGAAACCAGACGUACAAGGAGACAGUGGAGGGAUAAACAAGCGCAUGACAGAUCCAGCUGCAGCUCGGGGUGCUUCUGCUGGCUCUGAGUCUCCCAGCUGGAUUUCGCUGGCCAAACAGAAACAGAAGAUCUACAAAGAAAACUCCCUCGAUGAGGUCUCUGUCAGGAAGGAGGAACCGGAGAGGAAGAGUUCCCUGCCAAUGAAUGUCAGCUCAGCGGCAAGCAACAAAACAGUGAGUGCGUUGGAGAUCGGUAAGCCUGCAGCGUCAGCAGAGAAGGAGUCCAGGAGGACUCUCUCUCCUCCCACUCCGGUCCCCCCUCAGCCUCCUAAACCCCAGUCCCUCCCCUGCCCCGUCCCUCCAAAACCCCAGCUCCCCCCUGCCACCGCCAAACCUGCCCCCCAACCUCACUCCCCCCAAAGAUCUCUGUCCCCCUCUGCUCCCACUCCUGUUCCACAAAAAGCUCCCUCUUGCACAUCCCCCUCAAAACCUUCCCCCACAUCCAAGACACUUACUUCCCCUCCUUUUUCAACAAAAAUCCCGGAAAAGUCCAAAGCUCCGGGGCUCCCCGGCCAGACCCCUGCCUCCCAGCGCGGCCAGCCCCCCCCUACCCUGCCCCAGGAUGAGCCACCCUGGAUGGCGCUGGCCAAGAAGAAGGCCAAAGCCUGGAGCGAGAUGCCCCAGAUCGUCCAGUGAUGGAAAGAGAUGUGGCUCCAUCAAAGAGUCUGGAUGGACAUUUGCACACAGUUGUUGUUUUCUUACUUUCUGGUUUCUAUCCUGGUUUCUGAUUGGUGCAAACCCUCCAAUCAGUGCUGAAGAGAGGCUCAGUGUAACUCCUUCUUCCUUAAUGUUGUACAUUCAUGUUUCUAAAUGGCAGACCAAUGCGUCUUACUUAAUGUGGAUACCCCAACAGUCUAAGUAUGUUCAAAUGUGCCUAAAUGAAAGGAAUUACUGCAGCAGAUAUGUACAAAUAUGAACUUUUAUCCAAAAUAACUCGCAUAAUUUCACUCAAUAGUUCAGGGAUGACACAAUUAUUUUAUAAAGAGGAUACUUUUUCCACAGAGAGUGAUGAUAAAGAGACGUGUGUGUGUGUGUGUGUGUGUGUGUGUGUGUGUGUGUGUGUGUGUGUGUGUGUGUGUGUGUGUGUGUGU